UCUCAUUUAAGACUUCCCUCUCUAUAAACAAGAAACAUACUUAUUGUAACCCUACAAAGUCGUCUUAAUUUCCAUUUGAAUAUGAUCAUAACACGCACACAGAAAAGCAAAACCAAUAACCUUAAGCUCCCAAAACAGACUGGAUUACAUUGCGAGAUCUUUUUUUUUUUUUUCAUAAUUAUUUGCUCUCACUGCUUUUACUUUGUUAGUCUCUUCAUUUAAUGCUUGAAUUUAAGACCCUUGCCUACAAAAUUAGGUGUGCACUGCAUAUAUAUAUAUAUAUAGGGAGAGAUAGAGAGGAAGGAGGGAGGACGUUUGGAUCAAUUUAGGGCUUUCUGCUAGAGUAGUUUCCUUUGCUUGAGGAAAAAUAAGAAAAAGGAAAAAAAAUGGCUGUUUUAAGUUUUAACCUUCAAAGUCUCAACGACCUCUCAGGGCAUUAAUGGCGCUGCAUUUGAUAGUGAGAGAGACAAUGGUGCAAUUUCAAGAAACAGACUGGCCUUCAUAAUUGCUUCCAAUACAUUUCUCCUAUAAAUCUCCUCUAUCAUUACACUCCAUUUUGUGCUAUUACUCUAUUCCUUUCCAUCUCUGCCCCAAAACCUCCAUUUCUUUCACUUUCUUGUACAGUUCUUAGUUCUCACUUCUCACUUCUUCUCAUGGUAGAAAACCCAAAAAGCAAAUUUCCAUCAAAACAGAAUCUGGGACAACGUUUGAGCUCAGUUUUUAUAUCCUAAGGUACGUUGUAUAGUAAGCAAGUUUUCUCCAUGGAUAUAUCUACGGCCUUAAUGCUUUUAUCAGCAAUCACUGCUUACCUAUUGUGGUUCACCUUCAUCUCGCGGUCAUGGAAGGGCCCCCGUGUCUGGCCACUAUUGGGCAGUCUUCCCGGCUUGAUUGAAAACUGUGACCGGUUGCAUGACUGGAUCUGCGACAAUCUACGAGCCUGUGGUGGCACGUACCAGACAUGCAUCUGUGCAAUCCCCUUUCUGACCAAGAAGCAAGGUCUCGUCACCGUUACCUGCGACCCCAGAAACAUAGAGCACAUCUUGAAAACCCGAUUCGAUAAUUACCCCAAAGGCCCCACCUGGCAAGCCGUCUUCCAUGACUUCCUUGGAGAAGGGAUCUUUAACUCCGAUGGCGAAACGUGGCACUUCCAGCGUAGGACUGCUGCACUGGAAUUCACCACCAGAACUCUGCGCCAAGCCAUGGCUCGAUGGGUCAGCCGAGCCAUCAAGUUGAGAUUCUGUCCAAUUCUUGAAUCCGCUCAGGUCAAAGGCGAGCCGGUCGAUCUUCAAGACAUGCUGCUUCGGCUCACGUUCGAUAAUAUAUGCGGCUUGGCUUUCGGCAAGGACCCGCAGACAUGCUCGCCGGGGCUCCCAGAUAACAGCUUCGCUUCGGCUUUUGACAGAGCUACCGAAGCCUCUCUUCAACGGUUUAUUUUGCCUGAAGUAUUGUGGAAGUUCAAAAAAUGGUUUAGGCUGGGCAUGGAAGUAAGCUUGAACCGAAGCCUUAAACAGCUCGACGACUACUUAACGGCGGUUAUCGAAGCCCGUAAAAAAGAGCUAUUUUUACACCAGCAAAAAGACGGAAACCCCCACGAUGACUUGCUCUCCAGAUUCAUGAAGAAGAAAGAAUCCUACUCAGACACUUUCCUUCAACACGUGGCACUCAACUUCAUCCUAGCUGGACGUGACACGUCAUCAGUUGCCCUCAGCUGGUUCUUUUGGUUGAUCAUUCAGAAUCCAUCAGUGGAAGAGAAAAUCUUAAGCGAAAUAUGCACCGUCCUGAUUGAGACACGUGGCGAUGACGUGUCAAAAUGGGUUGAUGAGCCAUUAGCAUUCGAGGAGCUUGAUCGCUUGAUUUAUCUAAAAGCAGCAUUAUCAGAAACCCUAAGGCUUUACCCAUCGGUGCCUCAGGACUCAAAGCACGUGGUGACCGAUGAUGUGUUGCCGGACGGCACUUUCGUGCCGGCGGGCUCAUCAGUUACGUAUUCAAUAUAUGCGACGGGAAGGAUGAGGUCUACGUGGGGUGACGACUGCUUGGAGUUUCGUCCAGAGAGGUGGUUAUCCCCAGAUGGAAAGCAGUUCAUAAAAUAUGACUCAUAUAAAUUCGUAGCAUUUAAUGCAGGUCCAAGAAUAUGCCUAGGUAAAGGCUUAGCAUAUCUGCAAAUGAAGUCGGUGGCAGCAGCGUUAUUGCUGCGGCAUAGGCUGACGUUGGUGCCAGGUCACAAGGUGGAGCAGAAGAUGUCGUUAACAUUGUUCAUGAAAGAUGGACUUAGGGUUAAUGUACAUAAGAGGGAUUUGGAAGAAAGUGUAGAAAGAGCAAAUAAGAGGAAAGCAAAAGGAGGAGGAGGAGAAAAGUUGCAUGAAGGAGUUGACGUCAGAUGUAACGGCGUUAGUAGAGGUGUAAAAGAAGAGGUAGUUGGUGCAGUUUAAAGUACUUGUUGGGUAUUGGUGAGGUUGGUGAUGGGUAUUUAAGGAGGGUAGAUCGUACCCUGCGUGAUAGACUUUGAAUUGCCGGUGGGGAAGGGUAAGGCCCAUUUCUUUGUGAUUAAUUAUGUUUUUCAUUGAUUUUGAAGACGCAGAGAUAGUCGCUGCUCAUAUAUCAUAAAUCGUUCCAUAGAGAUGCUCAUCAAGGGGGAGAGAGAGAGAGAGAGAGAGAGAGGGAAGAGUAGAGUGAGUUUUUUUGAACUAAUUCUUGCUUUUAUUAAUAUGUGGGCAAUCCUUGUGAUAUUUCAUAAAUUCUUUCUUUGUUUAUGAUAUCAUUCUCUCUUUCAUUUUAACUUGUAAUUAAGUGCAUUACUGAAUAACAGGAAAAUAAUGCUCAUGAUUGAUACCAAUAUUAAUUUAAUUGUUAUGUCAAUUUAUUUUUGGUGAA